GCUGGGAGUCACGGUGCCAUGGCAACUUAGUAAGAAAACCAUCAUCAACAACAACAAUGUCUGUGGCAAACGAGGGAAGACAGAUGAGACGGGCUCGGGUGCUGAGGCCCUCCUCUCGAGCAGUAAACAUUUCAGUGUCCGGUUUACAUGGAGUCAACCAAAGCACGAGACGCACAAACAGCGCAGUUUGCUCCCCGAGCAGGAAAAGUUUCAGCCUCGGCGGUGGCAGCAGACUUCUGGAGAAGAGCGUCCUGCAGACUCCCAGACCAGCUGUUCGGGUGUUUGAUGAAGAAGACAAUGACGUCACUCCUCAGCCGCUGUACCGGGCAGAUCCAACAGCUGUGCAGAACAAAGCCAACUGCAGGUUCUUUCUGGAUGAAAUCUCUGCUGGAUCAGCAUCAGACCAGAUAACAGUCACCGGGAGCUUCGCUAUGCCUUUCUCCAGGUCAAUAUUAGGAAGCAGCAGAAUUUCCAGCCAGUCUACAAUAGAAUCAGUGAAUGAGGAGAUUGAGGAUACAUUUUCCAAACGGGACAUGCCCAUCAACUUUUCAGACGUGCAGAGGAAAGGAGGCACUGUGAAAGAACACGUGACGGAGGACAUGCUGAAAGAGGUCAUAGACGUCUACGUGUCUGAGACAGACAGCAUCUCACUGCUGGAUUUACCCAGCACCUCUGUGUCAGUGGAUGCUGAUGACGCAGAAGCUAUCGUAGAGAGAAACAACCGGUAUGCUGAGAUUUACAGGAACCGAAUGGGCAAUGAUAAGUACGUGGAUCGAUCAACGCAGACAUUGAAUGGAGCAUCUAAAAACAAGCAGGUCCAGAGCGACAGCAUAGUCACGGCGGACUCAGCCACGACUGUGACCACCUGGGACAUGUAUAACACUUUGAUCAGCCCUGAGCAGGACCACACAGAGUGCGGCCCCGAACCAGAGAGGCCUGAGCAUCCGGAGGCUGGUGUGGACACCGGCAGAGGUGCAGAGAGGAGCGUGUCAGUGGGCAGCACAGCCAGUACAGCCAGUGCUGCUAGCUCACUGAAAGAAGUGGAAGCGUUUGGGAACAGUUUAAGCUCUGAGUCAAACCUGCCGCUGAUCAUGCUGUCGGAGAAAUUCCAACAUUCUUUACUAGUAAUGGAGAGGAGCGUAGUGGGAAACACCUUCCAACCCAAGCUGGCUGCUUUCAGAGAGCUGCCCACGCUGGAAGAUCCAGACAGUCCAGUGCUGGAGCAGAGGGAGACAGAGAGACCUCGAUCGCCAGCCCUGGAGUGUCUCUGGGCUUUCAGCUGUGAGCUCAGCAGAGGACGCAGCAUCAGCAGCAUGGUCUGGAACAAGAAGAACCCGGACCUCCUGGCCGUGGGCUAUGGUGAGUUCGACUUAAAUAACCAGAAACCAGGUCUGGUGUGCUGCUGGUCUCUCAAAAACCCCACGUGGCCUGAGCGUAUCAUCCACUGUGACAGCGCCGUCACUUCCCUGGAUUUCUCAUCCAACAACCCGAGUCAGCUGGCUGUGGGGAUGCAAGAUGGCAGCAUCGCUAUGUACAGUGUGCAGAGUCGAGACAACCGAUCCUGUGUCGUCAGCAGCAGUGAAAGCCCCAACAAGCACUUGGGUCCAGUGUGGCAGCUCAGGUGGAUCCAACAAGCGUUGAGUUUAACAGGAGAGGAGAAUGUAGAAGCUCUCUUUUCUGUGGCUGCAGAUGGCAGGAUCAGCAAGUGGUUUGUCUGCAACAAUGGACUCGACUGUAUAGACCUGAUGAAGCUCAAGAAGAUUCGUAACACAGCAAAGAAGGCUGGAGGGAACAGGACGGAAAGUGUUCUGUCAGCACUGAUCCCGGGUCUGUGCUUUGACUUCCAUCCAACAGAUUCAAGCAUCUACUUGGUGGGCACAUGGGAAGGUCUCAUCCACAAGUGCUUGUGUUCCAACAGUCAGCAGUUUGUGGACACUUACAGGAAACAUUUUUGCCCUGUGAACCGCAUCGCGUGGUGUCCACACAGUCCCGAUGUCUUCCUGAGCUGCUCCUCUGACUGGACCAUCCAGCUGUGGAAGCAGGACCACCUCAGCCCCCUAUUAGGCUUCACCUCCAACCAGAGAGCUGUGUGCGACGUCAAGUGGUUCCCAAAGCGGGCCACAGUAUUCGGAGCCGUUAAUGAGGGCCAGCUGGAGAUCUGGGACCUUAAUUCAAGCAUCUUGGACCCAGUCCUUGUGCAGCCGGCUGCCCCUGGUGUGAAGAUGAAGUCCCUCCUUUUUGCCACGCAGACAGACUGUGUCCUGGUAGGAGACAGUGAUGGACAAGUGACUGUCUACCGGCUCAAGAACCUCAGUGUGGGAGACAGCAGCCAGGUGGAUGUUCUGGAAGGCAUCAUCCGCUCUGCUGCUUCUAGAUAGCUUUAGGAAACACAGACAGAUGUUUCUGUCUGCAGGGGAUGUAUCAGUACUAAGAAAUACAACGUAUAUGUACAGAUGCAUUUUGACAUUGAUGUACUUUAACCUUUAAUGUUGAAGGCAUCAGAGUAAGUUGUUAUCGCAGAAGUGCUUGUUAAAUAGUCGCCUACUUACACAUCUAUCAGACCUGAAGCAACAUCCACUGGUAAUAUGAGAAAUACAGACUGCUGCACAGUGAACUUAAGAACAGUCACUGACAGUCACUCUAUCCUAGAGAUCAUUUUCCAGGACUUUUUCAGUGGCGAUCUAACUGGUAAGACAGACAGGGAUCACGCCCUAAUGUUCCUCUCUGCAGAAGUCUGAUUUUAAAGACAUGCUGUCUGUGGCUAUAACUUAUCUAAGAAAUAAUUUCUUAAAUGCUUAGAAAUUACGACAAGUUGAUUUGGCCUUGUUUUAUUGCUGUGUUUUAUUUUUUUUUUAUGGAUUGACAUUGUAUUUUUUUUUGUUUCUUUUGGAAAACCCUUAAAAUUAAUUAAUUAUAUUUUAACCACUGCUGCCUGAACACCAAUAAAUAAUAACCUAAAACAAAUCCCAGCAUCCUCUUAAACUUUAGCUUUCUCAAAUCCCUGUGGUCCUCAUCCCAAACUCAGUUUAAUGGUACAAAAAGUGCUGUUAGUUAGUAUUUAGCUGGUGUUUGAUUCACAUACAGCUGGGCUCCCAUUCAUUGUUUUCACUGCUCUUCAUUCUUAUGCAAUUUUCUCAACAAUACCCAACAUAUUUGAAAACAUUGCUAGAGUUGAAACCCAAACCUUGUGUCACUAAUAUUUAUUUUUUGAUGAUAAUAUGUAUUUGUGAGUUUCAAUAACUUGAACUGAUGUCAUCCAGCCUGUGCUACAUGUGGGGGUGUGUGCCACAACAUAAUUUUCCUGGACAUUUGACUUUUUCUUCUCCUUUUCCAAGUUUUUUCCAUGUCUGGAAAAUUGAUCAGCUGUUUUCCAGGAUGAGUAGGAAGUGUAUAUAAAUGUGUGCAAAGGUUAAGAUAUGAUUAUGACAUUUUAAAUUUGUUUUCAGGGGCAUAUUUGUUAACAAAUUACAUUUGACAUAAUUUUCUGCAUGUAUGUUGAGCAAAAUUAAAAUCCCUUAACCCCU